AUGUGGGUGGCUGUGGGCAUGCUCUGGCUCCUGGCUCUUGGGGAGCUGCCCCAGGCCUGGGGUUCCUGCCCCACUCAGUGCAGCUGCAGCCUCCACAUCCUGGGUGAUGGCAGCAAGUCCAGGACUGUGGUGUGCAGCGACCCCGACAUGACCUUGCCACCUGCAUCCCUCCCCACGGACACUUGCCGGCUUCGCCUGGAGCGCACCGCCAUGCGCAGGGUGCCAGGCGAGGCCUUUCGGGCUUUGGGCCGCCUGGAGCAGCUCUGGCUUCCCUAUAACGCGCUCGGCGAGCUCAGCGCGCUCAUGCUGCGCGGCCUCCGGCGACUGCGCGAGCUGCGGCUGCCCGGGAACCGCCUGGCAGCCUUUCCCUGGGCUGCGCUCAGGGACGCCCCCCAGCUGCGGCUGCUGGACCUGCAGGCCAAUCACCUGGCCAUAGUGCCUCCCGAGGCCGCGCGCUUCCUGGGCAACCUCACCUUCCUGGACCUCUCCAGCAACCAGCUGAUGAGGCUCCCGCAGGAGCUGCUGCUUUCCUGGGCGCACUUGAAGAGCGGGCCCUUCCUUCCCGGCCUCCAUGCCAGGCUGGUCCUAGGGCUGCAAGACAACCCCUGGGCAUGUGACUGCCGACUCUAUGACCUGGUCCAUCUCCUGGAUGGCUGGGCUGAAAACUUGGUCUUCAUCGAGGCCAGACUGAGGUGUGCCAGCCCACGUAACCUGGCCGGAGUAGCCUUUAGCCAGCUGGAGCUGAGGAAGUGCCAAGGCCCAGAGGUCCGUCCUGGGGUGACCAGCAUCAGGUCCCCCUUGGGCAGCUCUGUAUUGCUACGUUGUGGAGCCACUGGGAUCCCUGGACCUGAGAUGAGCUGGAGAAGGGCCAAUGGGCGCCCACUCAAUGGCACAGUGCACCAGGAAAUUUCUAGUGAUGGCUCAAGCUGGGCUCUCCUGGACCUGCCUGUAGUGUCGCACUUUGAUUCUGGAGACUACAUCUGCCAGGCCAAGAAUUUUCUGGGGGCCUCAGAGACGCUCAUCUCCCUGAUUGUCACUGAGCCCCAGACCCCCACAGAAGACAGCUGGAGCCCAGAGGUGAGGUGGGCGAGAACAGGCGUUGGAGGAGAGGCUGCUGCUUACAACAAGCUGGUGGCCAGGCAUGUGCCCCGGGUGCCCAAGCCUGCCUUGCUGGCCGUGAGGCCCUCCAUGCCCAGUGUGAAGCAGGAGCUGGCCCUGCAGCACUUCCAGCUGGACGCACCGGGGGAGCUCUCACAGGAGCAGGAGGAACCAGUGGUGAGGUCACUCAAGGUGGUGGGGGACACCUAUGACAGUGUGUCCCUGGUGUGGAAGGUGCCCCAGGCUGGGAACACAACAGCCUUCAGCGUCCUCUAUGCUGUCUUUGGGCAGCGUGACAUGCAGCGGGUGACGGUGCAGCCAGGCAUGACCAGUGUUACCAUCCAGGGGCUGACCCCCAAGACUAAGUACGUGGCAUGUGUGUGCGCACGAGGCCAGGUGCCACGCAAGGAGCAGUGCGUCAUCUUCUCCACCGACGAGGUGGCAGAGGCUGAGGGCACCCAGCGGCUCAUCAACAUGGUAGUGAUCAGCGUGGCAGCCACCACUGCCCUUCCGCCCACACUGCUUGUGUGCUGCGGGGCGCUCCGCAGACGCUGCCGCAAGUGUCGCGCACGAGGCUCUGGGGAGGCAGCGGGUGCCUACAUGCAUCUAGAGAGACUGGCUCGCGGGGAAGACGGCUCUGAGGAGCUAUCCAGGCAGAGCCUCAGUGGAGAGGCUGACAGGCUCCUCUCUGCACGCUCCAGCCUAGACUCCCAGGCAGGCAGGCGCAUCAAUGAGUACUUCUGCUGA